AUGACUUAUGAGGAUGAUGAUGAGACUCUUAGGUUGCUACCUGGGUAUAUUUUUGAUCCCACAGAUGGGGUUCUUGUAGAAUUCUACUUGAAGAGGAGGGUAUUUUCUCAGCGUCUUCCUAUUCAAAUAAUCCCUGAUUUGAUGUUUUUCAGACUGAACCUUGGAGUCUACCAGAAGGAGGUUGAUGAAAAGAUUUUUUAUGAGUGUAAGUUCUUUUUUUACAACACCAUGGAUCGUGACUUUAAAAACAUUGACAAGAGAGUUGCUGGGAGUGGCCAAUGGAGAGUUAUUGAGAAAGGAAAAGAUGUUCCUAUCCCUGGAAAUAAUGAGGUGUCUGGGAAGAGGAACACCCUGAAUUUUUGGGAAGUUCAAGAAUCAUGUGCUAGGAGGACAAAAUGGGUGAUGCAUGAGUUCCGUCUUGUGUUAGUCGCAGACCCAAUUAAGGUGAAUUUAGAAUACAAGAAUUUGUUGACUAUUUUCAUAUUAAUCAUCAAGAUUGAGUAG